AUGACUUUCGAUACAAGUGAAAUGGUAGGCUACGAGUGUAGCGAACGUAACUGCCCAGAUACUGACCCUGACGUCAGUGGAAUUGGCGUUAUUAUCGGCUUUGUUGGCAGCGGCAUGGUGAUUGUGCUGUUGCUUCUGCUUCACCUCAUUUUCAUCUACGACCCAGAGCUCGACCAAUUUCGCAAACCCGAGGAACCUAAGAGAAAGGCUGAACAUCCUAAUUUCAUCGACAUGGCUGUGUUACGAAGACUUCGAGUGGCUCUGAGAGCGAUUGGCCUUGAUGUUUCUGAUCUGAGUGGGAAGACUAGAGGCACUGCCUGGGAGAAAGCAUUCAACAAGUGCAUCCUUUCUAUGGCGGAUAUCCAGAUCAUCACGGGCCUCGCCGUGUUGAUUAGCGGAUUCCACGGUCUUAGAAAUAUAUCGGGCUAUCACUGGCUCAUGGUCACAUAUACAGCAUGGUUCUCAGCGGUCACUCACGUCGCUGCUCUAUCACAUCUACGAAAUUACUACUCAAACCACCUAGAACGAUGCAUCUGGAGGCUCAUCUUCAUGCUCCUGGUCGUGAUUCUCCUCGUCGGCGCUAUGAUAAUCGGCGUACCGAUCAAAAGCCACAUGUCUGGGCCCUUCUGGUGGAUUCAGACUAACCCCGCAAUGAGCUUCUGGGAAGAAGACACCCGCCCCUGGAACUACUAUAUUGGAGAGAGUGAGAAACUGCUAACAUUCGAUCCCUCGUCUUACGGGGACAAGACGAACUCGUGUCUCCAGACUGCUCUUUCCGGCAUGAUGUUAGUGUUCAGCUUCAUCUCGAGGGUGGUCAAGAUGAGUCGUGGCACGUCCGCCUUGCUACGGAAACUCCGGCAAAGAGUUCGAAACAAAGUUGUUGUCAUCGUCAAAGGUGGAAGAGCUCGUCGGUGGAUUGGGUCUCCACCCUACACCUUCCUCGUCGCGAGACCAGUGGCUGCAGCGUGGCUCUUUGGCCGGGCAUAUUCGGAACUUUUCGGCUCCUUUCUAGCAGAGGUGUUCUGGGUGCUCGUGACAACAUUCUGGGGCCUGACGCACCUCGUGAGGAUUCGUGCGAGGGCGCAGGUCGCAUUCGAUUACAGCCAGCAUUGCGAUUGUCCAAGCAACGAAAACGACUGGUCCUUUGGCCAGGUAGCGGCGGUGGUGUUAUUUUCAAGCCCGCUAUUCAUGGUCAUAGAGACCUUUAUCACUUUCAAUCCAAAAAGACAUGGCGCGUCGAGAUUGGACUCCCUGCCACAGACCGAUGAGCCGACCGCCGCACAGGUUCCCGAGAGCACACGUAAGGAGACCGACGACCGCAACACCCCAAUUGAGGUUACUCGGCUUUUGGACUCAGCAUCAAAUUGGGAAUCACCGUCAUUCCACAUAGCGAUUUUCGCCAUCACCGGGUUCAACUUCAUUUUGGUAGCCUUCAUGUUCGUCUUCACCUUUGCAUAUUUUGGACGAGGCGAUGCUCUACCCCGCCUCGCUCCUUGUCAUGUGUUGUAUCAGCCCCUCAUCGGGAUCCUAGUGCUCCUCGUUGGGCUAGAGUGGGAGGGAAAGGGCAGUCAAAGGCAUCGUUGGGUUCAGUAUUGGACAUCUGGGUCGAUUCUGCUCCUUGAUCUGGGUUAUAUUGUGUGGGAAAUCUCCAGCACUGCAAAGUCCUCUGAUAGUUAUGAUGGCUAUUUAAGGGAUGAGAGUUUCAGCGUUUCCAUCAUGAUUCUUAUCAUUCUUGCGGCGGAGUAUAGCUUGUAUAGCCUUGUUUGUGUUACUGGUCGUGUCUUUACCCGCCGGUUCUCGCGUAGAAGUAAUAUGUCAAGUGGGUAG